AUGGACGUAUAUGUCCAGAUCACGGGUCUGGACUCAGGAAAGACGCGCAGAGUCAAGGUGCUACUUGAUAGUGGCUGCAGUACCUGCUGCAUCAAUACCGACUACGCGUGGGCAGAGAAGCUGGAUAUCCAAGAGCUUCUGCAACCCAUCGUGGCUCGUAACGCCGACAACACCGAGAACAUCAGCGGUUGGAUCAUGCAUUAUGUCGACCUAAGGAUGAGAAUCAGUCCUCAUGUGGAGACACACACGUUCCUUCUGACGUGCCUAGGGAAGGCCCGGAUCUUCAUUGGACUUGAUUGGCUGAUGGAACACAACCCGGAGGUGGAUUGGCAGGAGCAGACAAUGAGAUUCAGCCGGUGCCCAGAGCGGUGUCACAUGAGGGGUCACGAGGAGCACUAA